UGUCAAUUGGAAACUUUUAAAAUUAAAUUUAACGGCAAAGACGAACUGCGUUUGCGUUAGUUAUUUAGUAUUUUGAAAGAAUAUUUUGCAAAGUCCAAUUGAAUACAAAUAGAUGAAAAGCUCAACACAAUGGAUAACCCUUUAACUCCAAAUAAAAUCCAACGAUUGAUGCAUUUUGCCGAAGACAAAUCCUUCAGUAGUCUACAUCGCAGAGUGUUGAGAAAUGAUGAAUCGGGAAGCAUCAACCGGGAACAGAUGCAACAAACUUUCAACCAAACAGAUGCAAACUGUGUGUCAUCUGGAAUACUGGAUUUGGAACAUAUAGAAGGUUUUGGUGAUUCCGGUCUCCAAAGCAUCUCUCUGAACAAAUCUACUACAUUUAACCCUGGUGAAAUGACUGGCCGGUCGACAGAAGCUGUCAAUGCCACAGGUCAAGAACCUGGGCCAUCAAGGGCAUUUGAAGAAUAUGGUCGACACUCGAUGUCCUUAGACAAUAUCACCAACCACAUGGAUAAACAAACUAAUGAAAUACAGGACCUAAUGAGACACUCUAUUGCUUCUAAUUAUUCAUUCCAUUCUAAAAAAGACUUAACUGCUGCAGAAGCAUCAUUUGUGUUGAAGGAAGGUCGUUUGCCUGUUCAGAUGAGCACUCAAAUCAACUUUCAAGAGAGUAUGUCAAUGACUGCACCAAAUAUAUCUUCAUAUUUUCAACAUAGGUGUCCAGAAUUUAGAAAUAUACUUGGUCACAAUGACAGUCCCAACAGGCCAAGUAUUACUGAGGUAUCAGCAAUGGGGAUGAUAGAUGCAUCACAAAGUAAUCAAGCUAAUGUCUAUAAAAUGGAUCAAACAUUGGACUGUGUGCCAGUAAGACAGCGUCGCGCUGAAAAAACCCAUGAAAAAGCCAUUGCAACCAAUUUGUUCUCAACCUAUAGUGGUUCACCUGUGUUGCCUGUACGAAAAACCAUGAAUGUGGAAAAUAGCCCAAAUAAUAUGCCACCUCCAACGAGUGCUAAAACUAUAAAUCAAAAACCGUUCAUGCAUUCCUUAAAGCCGACAGAUGUUCUGCUCAAGAAUUUGCAUUCGACUUUGCACAUGGCGUCCGAUGAUACAGAAUGUUCCAUGGAAAAUUCAUUGAGUAUUUCUAAAAUUGCUGACUAUUUAGGGAAGGAAUCAAACGUCAGCGUGACGGGAAUGCUGCAACUAAACAAUCGCGCCAAACAAGUCAAUAGGAAGCAACCACUCACAGAACUCCAGUUGAACAUACUAGAGAAUAAAGAAUCAAACAAGGAUACAUACGUCACUAACCUGAGAGAUACUAAAAGUGUUGAGACAGCGAGUUCUUCUGGGACAAUCAACACUGUGAUAUCUCUCGAUAAUCUCAAAAUUUGUGAUAAAGAUGUAAUACCAAAUGUCGUAGUCUCUCAUCCUAAGCCAAACAGUGAUGAUGGACAUUUAAGAAGUCCUAGAAUGACACGUUCAAAGUCAAAGUCUCCGUCAACCAAAAGUCAGUCAUCUUUACGUCCUGUUCAGGAAAAUGUUGACAGCUAUGGAUCUGGGGACAGCCCGCUCUCUAGCAAAGGCAACCCUAACGCAUCCCGCAUUUCCUCCCCAAGUGUAAAUUAUAGGGAGUUAGAUAGCUCCAUACAUUGGGAUGAGGUGCUUAAUCAUAAGCGCUUCACUCAGGAAGGGUUGGCUAAAGAGCAAUGGGCGGAAAUCACUACGAGUCGCGUGGAUGGUUUUGUUGGUGUAACUGCUGCGGUGACCAUAUCAGUCACAAAUCUGACAGACAACUGGUUAACUGCGAGAUUCCAAUUCGAUGACAUACCCAACGUCAGUAGAGAGUUAACAAUCGAGUUGCCGCGUUUUCCCAUACUCCUAUCGCCGAAGAAGAUUGAAAAUUUCAACUUAUGUGUCACAUCUAAUCUAGAAAUGGCCAGAUAUCUGCCUUAUACAAUGCAUCUGAGAGACUCCACGAUUGAUUGCGAUUUCGAAUACAAAGGAAACGUGGAUGUUAGCUUCAAGUUGCCCUUAAUACAAGCAUUCUCCAGCGACGGAGUGAACAAAGUGACAUUCCCACCGAUACAAGAGAAGUCUUCAGUAACGAAACAUUUUGUGCUCAUAAGCGAUUGUCCGGUUGACCUUCAAUUGGAGUUAUCAAUUACUAAUGGAGAAAGUAUGUUCGGUAUUAAAUCUAUACAAGAAAUUACGAAAAACGAUGUAAACAAAGUGCUAACGGCUCGUACAGGGUGUGUGGAAGACGGGCAAGUGAAAGCUAAGAAGGGAAUCAAUAAACAACUUUGCAGACUGAGCAGCGGCAAUGCUAUUAAAGUGGCUGUAACUUUUAGUUCGCCAAAGUUAUCGGAUUUGGAUAUGGGUAACCAAACGCCCACGUUGAGUGGCGCACUGAGCGUGGCCAUGAUCGGCGUGGACACGCUGCUGAAGAGGGUGAGCCUGGUGGGCGCCGUGGGCACCGCCAGCCUUGCAGUACAGCCGCCGGUCGGCAAGCUGCUGCUCACACAUGAACCAACAAUACUAAAUUUGUCCAACACGGGGACUAUAACAGGAGUAUGGACGGUAAAGUUCAGAUAUAAGAUCGGCACCGAAGGACAGUUUCACUUCAAAGUUUCCGCUAGCAAGGUAGAGAUACAGCCUGGAUGUGUGAACCAACUGAAACUGAUGUAUGUUGGACCUCCUGAUACAUUACAUGAAGGAACAUUGAUACUAGAAGACUCUUCCAGUGGUAACUCGGCAACAAUUGAACUCACAGGUGGAUCAGAUAGGCCGAAGGCUUUUCCUAUCAAAACAAAUUACAACAAUAUGUCAUGGGCUCGCGCGGGUAGGAAGGAGCUAAGCUUGAAAAACUCUACAAACCAACGGAUUCAAAUCCGGUGCCAGAUUAUGGGGGAUGGAUUCAUGUUGGAUGGUCCGGGUGUUGAGACUAGGGGGACAUAUGUGCUCUCGUUCGGGCCUUGUGAGUGCAGACCUCUACCAAUCCUCUUUACUCCGAACUCCUCAUUGCCUCAUGCAGCAGCUUUGCAUUUGGUGUUUGAUAAGAACAGCGACUAUUCGAGAAAGAUCAAGCUGCACGGCUGCGACAGCACGGACAGCGUGCGCUGGUCGGGGCUCAUGACGUACGGCGACACGGCGCUGGUGCGCGCCGUCUCGCGCGCGCACAUCGAGCUCAAGCUGUUCAACAAGGCCGCCGGGCCCGCCUUCCUCUGCGCGCGCGUGCACUUCAACUUAAAAUACAGAUUCAUAUCAGCGGAGGCGGAGCUGGUGGGCGCGCGGCGCGUGCUGGGGCGGCGCGCGCAGCACUCGCUGCAGCUGCGCGUGCCGUGGCCGCGCCUGGAGCGCCGCGCGCGCGCCGCGGACGGCACGGCGCUCGCCACCGUCACCGUGCUCACCGGGCCCGAGUUCACCAGGCGCCGGAUACUGAGAAUAUUGAAAAGCGAAUCUAAUGGAGCCAUGGAUUUAUCGCUGUUGCCCGAUCACCUGCGAGUGUUGGCGGAGCCUUUCGAUGGAGAGGAUGCCGCCAUGGAUAGCUAUCUGGAAGAGUUCAAUGAAACUAAGGCGUCACUAAACGAGCUGAUCGAUAGCUUGCAAGAGCUGACCGCACAAAUCGACCUGCCCCAAGACUUUGCCGAGGACAACACCAUUCUCAUCACAGAUGAUACGGUCGUAGAACACCAUACACUGUGCGAUUGAAGUGUUUAAAUUUUGAUACAGUGAUUGAUGUGUAUAAUAGCAUGCAAACUUUGUGACGUAUCGGAAUAUAGUGCGUUAAACUGCGUAAUACAAGAUUUUAGAUAGCAGCGGUAACGUAUGGGCGCGACGGCAGGGCAUCACGGCCUUAGACCAAUUACAUUCUAUUGGACGUGUAUCGCACUCAACUUACGAAUAAUAUUGUCUGUCGUUUUUUGAGGGGGUACGAGGUAAACUCACACACCGAAAAAAAAUUAAUACCGAUAAAUAUACCACAAUUAAACAUCGUUUCUGUAGACGCAGUUUGUAUGAACACGUUUUGAUCAUGAUCAAAUAAUUUUGACAUUGGUGUAACCUCUAGCGAGGCAGGUCCUAUAGAUUGUAAUUUGUCUGAGCCCCGCUCGCGUCUUGAGUUUAUGUAUGACCUGCAAGUAGCGACACUCGCAGCUAAUUUCCGUGACGUCAUAAAGAUUGAAUCCUACUUUAAAUGCAGUGUUUCAUGUGAUUACUUAUUGAUUUAUAUUAUGUGUAAGUAGAUGCAGUGUGUUUUAUUCAACUAGGACAAUAUAGGGCAUUAGAAAAGCAUUGAAAUAUAGGGAACUUAAAAUCAAUAUCAGAAGCUAUAAGAGAUAUCGAGAAUGUGGUAAUAGUGGAAUUACCGUGUGGAACUUAGGAAGCUUUUAAAUGGCAUAUUCUUUUGUAGAUCAAGCAAAGUUAGAGAAUUUGAUUUUUUUUCUUUAAAUUUAAAAAAUCUCAUUUAUCAAACCCCACUUUUAUUAUUUUUUAAAUUACUUCGAACUUUGCAAGUGGAAAAUAUAUUUUUUCCAAUAGUCACAAAUGCGCCAUAUUCAUAUUCUAUGAGUGCCAGAAAAGUUUUUGAAAAAAGCACCUGUAAACCAACCAGACUAUAUCUCCUAUGGUUUCAUAUUUCUUUAUACAGUCCUAGUUAGAUAGAAUACAUUGCAUCAUUAGGAAGUUUAUAAUUAUAGGUGUGUACUUAAAAUAUUUGAAUAGGUAGGUAUCAUUAUUAAGUCAUGAAAUUAAAAAAAACGUCCAAGUCUACUUUUUCAACUGAAAGUGUAGUCCAUGUCAUUUAGGGAGUUUUUGGUUUCCUUUUUAUUUGUUAAUUAUUUUUGUAUUUGUUUAGUUUACUGACUGGCGAUUAUAGCUACAGACUGAUAUUAAGACGGCUAAAUUGUUUAAACAUUUUGUCUACAAAUUUAUAUAUAUAUAUGGAGAGGUUGAAUCUCGCAAAUACCAUUAUUUCCACAAAGUUAAUUCAAUUGACUGAUUAUAAUAAAAAAUCUGUUAUGUUGACUUCCAUUUAUGCAUUGAUUUUUGUAGAUUAUUAUGUUGGAAGAGUAUAUUUCAAACAUUCCAUUACCUUAUGAUGACAUUGUAUUUAGGUUCUUAGGUUCCCAGAAAGUUGACCCUACUUAUUUGUUCAGUAUUUGUGUGUAAUUAAAUCGGGACCAAUUAGUAUUAGGUAUUAGGACUAUUGAACUUAAUUUAAAACAAUAUCAUUAAUUAAUAAAAAACAAACACCACCAAGUACAGUGCGCAUUACCUAGGUUUGCAGCUUUAAUAUCAGUUCAAUUGACUGCUCAGAGCGCGUAUCCUCGAUAGAAACAAUUGAUAUAGGGCAUACAUGAAAUACACUUACAAGACGGAGGUCCUGGGUUCGAUCCCCGGCUGGGCAGAUUGAGAUUUUCUUAAUUUGUCCAGGUCUGGCUGGUGGGAGGCUUCGGCCGUGGCUAGUUACCACCCUACCGGCAAAGACUUACCGCCAAGCGAUUUAGCGUUCCGGUACGAUGCCGUGUAGAAACCGAAAGGCCGUGUAGCCCGCUUCCAUCUUAGACUGCAUCAUCACUUACCAUCAUCAGGUGAGGUUGUAGUAGAGGGCUAACUAGUAAAUAAUAAAAAAAAGAGACGUCUUGGGUAUUUUGAUCCCGCUCAUUGACAAUUUCAUUUUCAUCAUCUUAGGGAAACAAAUAAAUAUUUUAUUAAAAGAUAAAACUCAUGUUGCCCUUUAAUUUGAGCGAAUCGAUUUUUAGUAGCCCACAAAAUCUGCAGGCAACCGUUUACCAAAGCGACUGUCAUAUUUGAACCCGCCUUUUUAGUGCCUAAAUAGAUUUAAGUACCUAUUUAUCUAUUAAUUAAAUAUGUAUAUGGAAUUUAUUCUAAUAAAAAUACCAUUUUAUUUCAUAAUCA